AUGUCCGCCGAUCUGGAUUCAGUCUUUUACCCUGACGGUGCCACGUUUUACCAACUUUUCAAUACCACGAACAUCAGCUACGUAGACAGCAGCACAUACAGCAGCGUAUUCAACGACAAUAGCACCAUCUUUUUGGAAGCAACAACAGCAGAGCCACCACAGUACUUCCUUCCUUGGUGGCAGCAAGCAAUCUUCUACACGAUGUUCGUCUUGAUGUUCAUUGUUGCUGCCGGAGGCAAUAUCAUUGUUAUCUGGAUAGUUCUAGCUCACAAGAGAAUGAGGACAGUGACCAACUACUUUCUGGUCAAUUUGGCAAUAGCUGACGUCAUGGUGUCCAUCUUUAACGUUCUGUUUCAUUUUAUGCUCAACUUAUACCAAGAUUGGUUCUUUGGUCUGGAGUAUUGCAAGUUCGCUUUCUUCAUUGCUCCGUGCACCAUUUCAGUUAGCGUGUUGACCUUCAUGGCCAUUGCCAUAGACAG